AAUUCAAUCGCCCAAUCCGGCCAAGCGCCCUCACAUGACCCCUGCCAGCCCUAAUUGCCAUCGCCAACCUCCAGCCGAUUUCCUAUUGAUGCCCGUUCCAACAAUAGGAGAAAAAGAAACAAAAGAGAAACCCUGUCCAACCCUGUUCACAAUAGGUAUGGAGUCUGAGAUAAGAGAGAGAGAGAGAUUUUGAACAAGCGGAAACUUGCUUUCUUCCCAUCCUUCUUCUCUUUUUCUGUUCCAUUCGACAAGAUACACCGACACUGAGGUUACACCCCCCACCCGGAACCUAGAGGAGCUUGUGCCGCCGUUCUCUCCCCAAUUGCUGGAAAUGGAGGUCAAUCAAUGUUAUUAGAGCAGAGUUUCUCUUCUUUUCUUUUCUUUGAAAGAUGUUGAUUCCUAGCUCCUCUGUCAGCCGCCUAGGGUCCGGCGACAAGGAAACUGUCCGGCAGUGGCUGCAGUCAAGCAAUUCCCCCCUCCUAAAAGUGUGUGUCUGUUAGGCCCUCUACCCGUAGGUUUUCUUUUUCCUUUCCUUUCGUGCUUUUCGUCCCUUUUCCCAACUAUGCGGGCACUGGAUGAUUUAAUCCCCGAAUGACAAUAACUUAAUAGAUACAGUUUGCCCCCACUCCAGCAUUUUUGCCCAGAGUCGGGCAUGCUUUUUAUUGUUGUUGUUGGUGGUGGUGGUGGUGGUGAUGAUGGCUGGCGAUAAGCCAUUUAGCCGAAACGGGUAUACAACUAACUGCGACUGCUGUUUAUAUUCCUCUCUUACUAUUAUCCGUCAUGGGCCAAAAAAUGAGGACAGAAAGAGUUAAACCGUUAUUGAAUACCCCCUGCGGCUACCUCGCCGGUAUUAUCCCAGCUGGCAUGCCGGCUUUAUAACCUGAGACGGGGGGAGCAUCGUUACUAGCCAAUUUCGGCCUGUGAACGGAAAGCAAGUGCUGGGAGAGCAUUUUCUUUCUCUAUUGGUGUGCUAUUGAGGCGGUUCCUCAAUUCUUAAUUUUUGCUACCUCCCUUUCUCCAUUCUUCUCUCCUCUCUUAUUGUUGUUGCAGGCUCUUUAUAUAUAUAUAUAUCCCUCCUUGCAUUGUCAUGCGACCAUAUUGUUGCGUUGUUCGAUAACUAGAGGCUAUUUUGAUAUGCAGAUAUUGCUAGAGCGAACCGAGCAACCCCGCCCCCCCUCCCCCAAUCCGUAUUCUUUAACUUUGAUAAUUGUUGACUGCAUGGAGCAACAGAUGUGAUGCCCCGCCUUUCUCAACCAUAAAUUCCCCAUUAUUCGGGUCUUGAUAUAGGGCUGCGUUGUCACAUCAGCAGCGAUCCGUGAGCCUGAAACAACAUAGUCAUUCUUAAUUAUCUGCAUCAUCCCUUAUAUAUCCUGCGAAAUAAUAACAACCAUACUAAAGUCAGGCCUUUGUCUUUCUCAAAUCUCUGCCUUACUUAUAUAUGCAUUCUAUUCAUACUUUUCUAAACUCAUAUAUCCCUACGCUCAUGCCCUUAAUCGCAGCCUCUUCCGUCACCAUUGCCUAAGGCCUGAUAUAUAUCUCCUCUCCCACUCACAUUGAUAUUCUACUCUAGCAAGAAAAGGAAAUACAAAAUGCUACCCCCCUCAGACUCCAUAAAUCACCAAAACUACAAGCUGGCUGAGUUCGUCGCCAGCCUCCGGUCUCAAAAUAGGCUUGUUCCUCCGCAGCCACCACCAACAUAUGCAGCUGCAAUUGCUCCAGCUCCAGUCGAGGAUGCAUUUGCAGACAUCAUUGAUGAUGACGACGAGGAGAGCACAGCCAUGGGCCCCAUCUCAAUCAAAAUCGACACAUCUAUAGAUAUUGAGGGGCAGGGGAAUACCAUCGUCAUCCCCACAUCAAUCGGCGCAUCGACAUCUGAGGAACCUCAGACGUCCACCUCAACUUCAACAUCGCCAUCAUCAUCGCCAUCGCGUUCUUCACUGCCUGCUGCCGGCGGGAACUUCCCCUUGCAGCAACUCCAGCAACAGCGACAGGUCAAAUCCGCACAGCUCGCGACAACCAUUAUCUCCGCGCUAAAAGCAGCUGGCAUCAUGGAUGAUAUGGAGUCGGGCAGACAGCGGCCUGUGGAAGUCAACGUCAGCUCUGGCAUACGUAUCAGGGGUGACAGGAAUGUCGUGUGCGCUGGUGUUCCGAAGAGACCGGAGUUGAGUCAUGCUGGGUGUUCGGAUUCCUUGUCCGAUGAGCAGGAGGAGUUGUCGAGGCGGGGGAGGAAAAGGAGGGCUACUUCGCAACCCAUUGACAUACCCUCUUCGAAGAAGGCGCAACUGUAAACGAAAUCGUCAUCUCCAUCGCCCCGUGGUAUCGCUAUCUAGUACAUUUUAUGCAAUAUCACAACGACACUUUCACAAACCAUUUGUCGAACCAAUCGGAACGGGAAUGCUUUUUAUGAGCCCUGUCUUCCAGUCCAUGGACGAGAAAUACAAGCACAGAUGAAAGAGCCAUGGCUUAUCUAUCCAGAGGUGACCUCAGACCACCCUACAGAAAAGGCAUAAUAUUUCACGAACAAAAAUAACAAGAAACCCUCGCCAAACUAUGCCACAAAGGCAUCCCUGGCACGACAUACAUAUAUUUGUUUCUUUCGAUCUCCACGCUCCCGGGCGGCACUUCCAUGCAGCCAAGCCAUUAUUCCGCAUCCGGCUCUUCCUCUUCCAUUCAUCACCCCUGAGAGCUCUCGCGUCACACACAUACGUAAUUCCAUGCAUUAUUGCCCACGCCUGUAUGCAUGAAUUUGAAUAUCUGUCAUAUUUUAACAGUCACAGGGUGACAGGGAACUUGACUGCCCUUUGUCGUUGUCGUCAAUGUCGAUGUCGAUGUCAAUGAUCUGGUGAAUGGCUCUUGGCGCUUCAAGGCUCGGAAGUUUUUGCAUAGUGGCGUGCAUGUCAUGUAAUAUGGCACUAUGGUUAGCUUGAAAAAUGAAUACCCGAGCGUGGAAAAUACAACAGGAUCGCCUUCAUUAUUGCCCGUUUCCCAAGCAUCGCAUCGAAUAGGUGGGCUCCUUUCAGAUGGCGUUUUUCUUUGCGGUUGUGGGGGAAACGAAGAAGGAAAGGCGCCGGUAGAAAAAGAGCCAGAAAAAGCCACUACUAUGCGAUAAUUGUGAUGAAUGAUUUUAACGAUCUCUUUU